GUGGUGGCUGAUUAAAUGUUUUGUUUUGAUUUGAAAGAAUAUAUUUCGGGAAACUUGCUAUCGGUGGAUAGUGAUAGUACAGAAGGUCGCACUGUGUCCGUUUCAUUUGUAUACGAAUACUUGGACCAAUCAGAAUGCACCACGGUUUAUUGACAGCUCACCAGCACUUGUGAAUAGUGUAGCGAACACAAUAAGCUCAGACGGACCAUAUAUCAGUCGGCAUUUAUCGUAAACACACCGUAAUCUAUAUUGUUCUCGUAAUUUCGUCAUUGAAUUUCAUUUUGUCGGAUAAUAUUUUGUAAAUCUACGUGGGCUGGUUCCAGUAGAAAUAUGAAUAAAUUUAACGUAUUUCUUUUACUUUGCGCCAUUUUGGUGCCAACGUUUGCAUUUUAUGAAAAGGGCGACGUUGUCGAGCUCACAUCGUCCAAUUUCGAUCGGUUGGUCAUUCAAAGUGAUGAAAUUUGGGUAGUAGAGUUCUACGCUCCGUGGUGCGGUCAUUGUCAACAACUUGUUCCAGAAUAUUCCAAAGUCGCUACCGCUCUUAAAGGUAUCGUGAAAGUUGGCGCUGUAAAUGCUGAUGAACACAAAUCACUCGGCGGACAAUAUGGAGUUCAAGGUUUCCCAACGAUCAAAAUCUUCGGUGCCAAUAAACGGUCUCCAGUCGAUUAUAACCAGCAAAGAACUGCACAAGCCAUCGCUGAUGCUGCAUUGGCUGAAGCUAAAAAGAAGAUAACAGAGAAAUUAGGUGGCCGUAGCAGCGGAGGCAGUGGAGGAAGCAGUGAUGUUAUUGAAUUGACUGACUCGAAUUUCGAUAAAUUGGUGCUGCAAAGUGAUGAUGUUUGGCUUGUUGAGUUCUUCGCUCCAUGGUGUGGUCAUUGCAAGAAUUUGGCACCAGAAUGGGCUAAGGCAGCCAAAGAACUGAAAGGGAAGGUUAAACUCGGAGCAUUGGACGCCACAGCUCAUCCAUCCAAAGCCCAAGAAUACGGCGUUCAAGGAUAUCCAACAAUUAAAUUCUUCGCAGGCGGUGUCAAAUCACGAAGUGACGCUGUCGACUAUGAUGGUGGCCGCACAUCAGGUGACAUUGUAAACUGGGCAUUGGAAAAAUAUACAGAAAGCAUUCCUGCUCCAGAAGUCUACGAGCUAACAUCAGAAGAAGUAGCAAAGAAAGCCUGUGAAAACAAGGCAUUAUGCGUUGUAUCAGUUUUGCCACACAUUUUGGACUGUGAUUCGAAAUGCCGUAACAAUUACAUCAAAAUUCUCAAAAAUUCCGCCGAGAAAUUCAAGAAACAAUCAUGGGGAUGGGUGUGGGCUGAAGGUGGUGCCCAACCACAUGUCGAAGAAGCUCUUGAGAUCGGUGGUUUUGGUUAUCCAGCAAUGGCGGCCGUCAACUACAAGAAACUCAAGUACACCUCAUUGCGUGGUUCAUUCUCAACCGAGGGAAUCUACGAAUUUUUGCGUGAUAUUUCGUUUGGUCGUGGUCAAACUGCUCCCGUUCGUGGUGCAACCGUACCAAAAGUGAACACCAACGAAGCAUGGGAUGGCAAAGAUGGUCAAUUACCCGAAGAAGAAGACAUCGACUUGUCCGAUGUUGUUCUUGAUGAAAAAGACGAGCUGUAAAUUAACACAACGUAGAUUAAGCACAAACACUGAAUCGGGUCUUCGAACUAUAGUUUUAGACUGUGAAUGACAUUUGUCGCUGAUUUCUCACCAUUAAAAUUGUUUAACAUGAAAAAAAAACAAUUGGAAAACUAACCAAAAACAGUGAGCUCACAACAAGUAAAAUAUCUGCCACUUACAUUUUACUUACUCCGAAUCGGAACAAAUGUGUAGUAAUUUUAAAGUCAUCUAUAAUUUAAAAAUGGAAAACUGAUACUAGAUUGUACGCUGUACCUAAGAAAUUUCAAACAAAAAUAAAUAUUCUAUGUGUUUUUUUUUUCGUACGAAA